GGGAGAGCGGAUAUAGUGAAUGCGGGGUCUGGGGAGAGCGGAUAUAGUGAAUGCGGGGUCCGGGGAGACCGGAUAUAGUGAAUGCGGGGUCCAAGGGAGACCGGAUAUAGUGAAUGCGGGGUCCGGGGAGACCGGAUAUAGUGAAUGCGGGGUCCAGGGAGACCGGAUAUAGUGAAUGCAGGGUCCGAGGAGAGCGGAUAUAGUGAAUGCGGGGUCCGGGGAGACCGGAUAUAGUGAAUGCAGAGUCCAGGGGACACCAGAUAUAGUGAAUGCGGGGUCCAGGGAGACCGGAUAUAGUGAAUGCGGGGUCCGGGGACACCAGAUAUAGUGAAUGGUCCGGGGAGACUGGAUAUAGUGAAUGCAGGGUCCGGGGAGA